CAUGUUACCCACGUGUGUCCAGAAAUGUGUUGAUAUUUCUGUUAGUACACUGCUGUUUUUAUGUGUGUGAUUUAGCCGCAGUAAAAGGUGACGGCUCGGUUCUUCUGUCGACAUGGACCUCGCCUCUAGAGACUCGUACAUUCAGAAGCUCGCAAGUAAAGUGUUGUCUCAGCGAGACCAGGAGCCCAAGAAGAGACCGUUUGCUUAUUUCAAGGGUAAAAAUGAUGCCGGUCCUCCAAAGAAGAAGAAAAAGUGCAAAAAGAAGCAUUUUAAAGAAAAGAGCACAGAUGAGAAGACACCUGCUCCUAAAUCCCAACAAAAGCCUCCGCCCUCCGCUGCAGCACAGAAAGGCCCAGCCACAGCAAAACCUAGUGUGUCCAAAACUCAGAGUAUAAAUGGAUCUACAGCACAGGAACCUAAAGGAGGAAAUGCUGGGUCCAACUUCUCCACAGUAGAUUUACUACGCAAGAGACUCCAUGAAAAGAUCGAAGAGUCCAGAGGGCAGGGAGCCCCAAAGGAUGCCGAAUCGGAGAAAUUCCAGGCAAAGCGAGCAAAAAGAAAGCUUGAACGUGAGCGCAAGAAGAGGAAGAGGAAAGAGUUUCAGAUGAAGAAACUGGCUGAAGAAAGUGGCAAAGAACAGCCCCAGCCACAGAUAAAACAGGAAGCGGAGCGAGCCCCGGCUGCAAGCAAAAGAAACGAAACUGCCAUCGUCUUCAACAAGGUAGAGACAGUGGACGAAGGAUAUGUAGACAAAAUGCUGAAAAAGAAGAACAAGAAGCAGAGCGUUAAGGGCCAGAUAACACCGCUGACAGGGAAGAACUACAAGCAGCUUCUCAGUCGCGUGGAGGCUCGCAAAGCGAAGCUGGCAAAGCUGAGGGAGACAGACGAGGGGAAGGCCCGAGAGAUGGAGGAGAAGAUAAAGUGGACCAACAUUCUUUAUAAGGCAGAGGGCAUCAAAAUCAAAGAUGACGAAGACAUGCUGCGCUCCUCGUUGAAGAAGAAGGAGAAGCACCGUGCUCAGAGGAAAAAGCAAUGGAGUCAGCGUAGUGAGAAUGUCAUAGAGAAGAUGCAGCAACGCCAGGACAAGAGACGAAAGAACCUCCAGAAACGUAAGCAAGUCAAAACAGAGAAGAAGAAGGACAGGGCGCACAAGAAAGGCAGAGUGCUGCCUGAGGACUUGAAAAAAGCAGCAGUGUAAAAGGAGGAGUGUGUGUUAUGUGAAGAUUUAUCACAAGACAACAGAGACAAUUUUUAAAUGAGUAAAUCAGUCUCUUUUUCACGGCCAUAUGAUUUAAUUACAUGAUAUGAAAUUGCUAUGGCUGCUGCACAUGCUGUACCUUCAUUCCUGUCAAGGACUAAUAUGAUGUGUGGUAUAGUCAAUAAAAUGUGAUCCAUCAUUAUGACAUGAAGGUUGA